AUGGGAUUCUUUCUGGGUAUCUUCAUGGGAGCUGCAUUGGGCUUUGUAUUGAUAGUUUUUUUUGCUAGAUAUCAGAAUAUCAGAUCGCUUAAAAGAAAUGAUUUGGCUGCCACGGUUGCAGCAUUUGCAAGAAUGACAGUUCAAGAUUCAAGGAAACUCCUUCCACCUGAAGUGUACCCUUCUUGGGUUGUGUUUGCACACAGGCAAAAAUUAAAUUGGCUUAAUCGUGAGCUUGAGAAACUAUGGCCAUAUGUUGAUCAGGCAGCAUCAGAAGUAAUUAGGAACUCCGUUGAGCCAAUUCUUGAGCAAUAUCGACCAGCUAUCUUAGCUGCUCUGAAAUUUUCGAGGUUGACAUUAGGUACUGUGGCUCCACAGUUCACAGGUGUUACCAUUAUGGAAAGUGAUCCUAAAGAAAUCGUUAUGGAGAUGGAGAUGCAAUGGGAUGGAAAUCCCAACAUUGUACUUGAUAUAAAGACUUUAGUCGGCGUUGCGCUGCCUAUACAAGUAAAAAACAUCGGAUUUACUGGUGUUUUUCGGAUAAUAUUCAAACCACUUGUUGAUGAGUUCCCUUGCUUUGGAGCUAUUUGUUUCUCCUUAAGGGAAAAGAGAAAUCUGGAUUUCACACUGAAAGUCAUUGGCGGUGAUAUCGCGUCCAUUCCUGGAGUAUCUGAUGCAAUAGAGACUACAAUAAGGGAUGCAAUUGAAGAUUCUAUCACCUGGCCAGUCCGUAUAAUCAUACCCAUAUUACCAGGGGAUUACAGUGAGUUGGAAUUGAAGCCGGUUGGAAUGUUAGAUGUGAAGCUCAUCCAAGCUAAAGAAUUGACAAAUAAAGAUCUCAUCGGCAAAUCUGAUCCAUUUGCAGAGGUGUUCGUCCGUCCACUACGUGCCAGGAUGAAGAACAGCAAAGUUAUUAGUAAUUCAUUAAAUCCAAUAUGGAAUGAGCAUUUUGAGUUUGAAGUUGAAGAUAUAGCCACUCAACACUUAACAGUAAAGGUUUAUGACGACGAAGGUGUUCAGUCUUCCGAACUCAUUGGUUGUGCUCAAUUUCCAUUAAAAGACCUCGAGCCCGGGAAAGUGAAGGUCGUGUGGUUGAAACUGUUGAAGGAUUUAGAAAUACAAAGGGACACCAAAAAUCGAGGCCAGGUUCACUUGGAACUGCUUUAUUGUCCUUAUGGCACUGAGAGUGUAUUUAUGAAUGCUUUUAACGCGGACUUCAGACUGACUUCCUUAGAGAAGGCUCUUCGCCCCGGACCAGAUCCUGCUGAACAGACAAAAUUGGCCUCACAGAAGAAAAGUGACAUCCUCUUCAGAGGAGUACUCACCGUGACAGUAAUAUCAGCAGAAGAGUUGCCAGCUACCGAUCUAACAGGAAAAUCCGACCCUUUUGUUGUAGUAACGAUGAAAAAAUCUGACCAAAAGAACAAAACUAGAGUUCUGAACAACACAUUGAAUCCCGUUUGGAACCAAACAUUUGACAUAAUCGUCGAGGAUGGAUUGCGCGACUUGCUAAUAGUCGAAGUUUGGGACCACGACACCUUCGGGAAGGACAAAAUCGGUCGAUGCAUUAUGACACUUACAAGAGUCAUACUGGAAUGCGAAUUUACAGACAGCUUCCCAGUAGAUGGAACCAAAAGUGCGAAGCUAAACCUGCAUCUUAAAUGGACGCCGCAACCAAUACUCCGGGACUUAUGA